AGGCCGGAGUGCGAGGGUAAGUGCCGCAGAGGGAAGAGGGGCGGUCGGGGGCCCGGGAUGGCGGGCUGGGCGGGCUUCUCGGAUGAGGAGCUCAGACGAAUCAAACACCUGAAAGAUCCUUCUAACUCUGAAAUGCCAGACCGAGCCAGACGAGCUCCUGCAAGCAAAAGUCGGCAGCUGCUCCAGAAGGAGAGAGCAUUGCAGCAGCAUCGUCUCAGAGCAGCAGAGCAUGAUGGAGGUCCCUCAGCACUCCCUGAGCAGCAGUUAUCCAAGCCUAAAAUGAAACCUCCACAUGUUACAGUGAUACAAACACCACCACCAUCAAGCAAAAUGGGACAGAAGCAAACAUCUGAAAAGGAGCAGAAUGACACUGAAGUGCAUCACCAGGACAAAAGGCUGGGUGGAAAUGUGGAAGGGAGAGCCCAGGAUUCUUCAGUUAAAGAGACAACGGAACAAGUCAAAGAAAUGCCAAAAGGAGUGGAAUUGCGGGAGAGAUCAUGUCUGGAACAUCUGCAGCUGGAACAGCGUUUUAUUGAAGAGAAGAAUAAACGCAAGAAAGCACUUCUGUCCAAGGCAAUCGCAGAAAGGUCUAAAAGAACCAUGGCAGAAACUGCUAAACUAAAACGAAUCCAAAAGGGCCUUCAAACUCUGGACGAUCUAUUAUCGGCCGAUGUCAGUAUUCUGCGGGACCGAAUUGAGCAGACCAGCUGGGAGUUCCACCAGGCUAAGAAGCGGUUUGAUAAGGCAGAGGUGGAAUAUGUGGCAUCGAAACUCAACCUACACAAGAAAAUCGAACUGAAGGAGCAGCUGACCGAGCACCUGUGCACCAUCAUCCAGCAGAAUGAGCUGCGGAAAGCUCAGAAGCUGGAGGAGCUGAUGCAGCAACUCGAGGUGGAGGAAGACGAGGAGGCAAUGGAGCUGGAGAUCGAGGUGGACAGAAUGUUGCAACAGCAACAAGAAUUACCCAAGGAGAGCAUACAGUCAAACACAGCCAGGGAGGAAUCAACCCAGCAAACCGUUUCGAACGCCGACAGCCAGAACCAAUCAGUUGCACAGUCUCUGCUUGGAGAACAAGUGGUGAACCAUGCUGUGAGCAGCACAGCUCAGAUGGAUUUAAAGGACCCUGAUCAAUCUCAAGAACCAGAAAAUGCACAGCACAAGCCUCUAGAGGAGAGUAAAACCCCAGCUGUCGCAACUUGAGGCAAAAUCUGUGCACGUGGGUGGUUCAGAAACGGGAUGUAUCAAACAGAUUUAUGGUGGGGGGAUUUACAUUACUUGAUGGUCUUUUCUUUAGCAAACUUGGGCCCAUGAAAUUGAAACACAAUCAAUAUUGUACAUAAAAUUUGAAUCUCGUUUUUCAAACUGAAAUCACAUAUGAACAUUCAGGUUCUCGAAUAGAGUUGAGGUUUUGGCUGAAAGAUUACUCACACACAAAAAACAUCAGUGAACAGUACCUUCUUUUAGCUCCGACGUUUGACUAUUUAAAAAACGUUUUUACAAAUGUUUGACACUAACCACAGCAUAGCUCUGAAGCAUUCUUUCUAUCAUGAGAUGUGCAAUAUUCAUUGGUUAAUUUCUCAUGCUCAAAGCAGCUGUUUGGACCUGAAAAGGACUGCCUUCAGCUGCAGUAACCUUAGAGUGCUGGAACAGGGAACUUCCCAAUGCAGUUGGGAUGCAUUUUGUGUGAUUGGAAUAAAAAUAAUACUUGUAUUUGAUAUAGCACCUUAUCACAUUGUUGA